AGUUGCUAGUUACUAGUUGCGAGUUGCGAGUUGCGAGUUGCAAGUUGCUAGUUGCGAGUUUCGAGUUGCUAGUUAAUUGUUGCGAGUUGCGAGGUGCGAGGUGCAGUCUGUCUCUUCAGUCAAUUGAAAGGGUAGGGUAGUUAAAUUCGUUUGGAAAAUUUGUUGAUUCAUAAAAGUAACAUCUUUUGACUAAGGAAAUAAAGCGCUGUCGAACGAUCACGUACUUGGUUCAACUAGCUAAAAAGUUAAAAAACUGGAUGGGUUGGUUCUGGUUGGUUUGGUUCUGGUUGGGUGUCAGAAGUAUGACAUUCAGCAUUGGAGAGAUGAAGCAUCGUGUUUACGGCAUACGGCAAACGUGAGAUUCAAUCUGAGAAAUUUUCAAGAUGUGAAAUUAUCAGAUAAAUUUUAACAGUUACUUCUUAUGGAUAGAAUUGGCGUGAAUCUACCGAUUUUCGUGUAAUUAUAAUGAACAGUAGAAGACAAGUAAAGGGGAAAUUUCGAUACGUGGUACAAAUUCACGCGAUGCUUAAUCUCUCUUCUCUCUCGGCAAGGGAAUGGUAAAUGCUGACUUCGCGUUAAAUCCAGUGACCGUUAAGAAAUCGAACGUCUAGGCACUAAACUGGAUAUACCCGAAUAUGUUAAUAACCGUUUCUUCUUUAAAUUGCUAAAACCUCUCAAUUAUCCACUCUACCACCUGCGCCUGCUGCAUUUUCUGUUGGAUAAUUUAUCCAAUUGCAAGGGCAGCGUGGUCGAGUGGUUAGAGCGCCGGGCUUGCAAUUCCGAGGCCCCGAAUUCAAGUCCCGCUCUGACCGCUAGCUGGAUUUGUUCACGGUAGUCCGGAGUUGAAAUCCUCGGCCAUGCUUGUAAAUAGCCAGCUGGUUUGCUUCCGAUCAGUUGGGAUUAUUAACCCUGUUAAGUCUAAUUUGAAUUCUUUGUUUCAGAUGAUUUGUUCGGGCCCACUAGAAUUAGUGCUACAAAUACUGCCGAGGGUAAAUAACAGAAUUAUUUACUUUUGUCCGGCUUGCGCCACCGUUAUACUUAGCAAUUACUGUGACAGUGUGUGUGCAUGUGUUACGACUCUUUGGUCUCAACCAAACUGUUAAGAUUGGAAUCCAUUAUUCCAUAUUUGAACUACAAUGGUGGUGACACUGCUCUUCAGAGAAUAACAAGAACAUUUAUUAGCGUUUAGUAAAAGAAAAACACAUAUUUUCUUACUAAGAAUAUUGAAAAAAUAGGGAAUCUCGUAUAGGCUAGCAAGGAUAACAGAAAAAAAAAAACGAUAGAAAGUAUCGUAAAAAUCCUCAAAAUAUCUCCUCCGUUGGUGUUCGCUACUUUAUUAAGUGUUCUCGCAGCGGCUGUGUUGGAGGAUUAAAAUAAUAAAAAAUAUUUCCAUAAAUGAAUUUUACAAUGAAUCGGAGCGAUUUUCAACCUAAAAAAAAAAUUGAUACUCAAACAAUUGAGAUUUGGUGGGUCAUUACCAAUUAGCGAGACAAGAAAAUGUCAGCGAGUAUUGUUUCUCAGUGAGUGAAUCACUUUAGGAAGCACAUUGAUACUCAAACAAUUGAGAUUUGGUGGGUCAUUACCAAUUAGCGAGACAAGAAAAUGUCAGCGAGUAUUGUUUCUCAGUGGGUGAAUCACUUUAGCAAGCACAUUUUAAGUUCUCGGCAAUAGUAUAAAAACAACAACAACAAAGAAUCGUAACAAAAAUUACUAAAAGAGUAUUCGUUAAAGCAGAUAUGACUAAACGUCACGCAAAUAGAGGAGUCUAGUCCUUAUACGCUCACUAAAUCCACGCGUACGGAGAUCGUAUUUAAAAGCCACGACAUUUAUUUAACGUCCCAUUGUCGACUGAACGUUGUGGACUAGGAGUACUCGUUCCUUAGCUCGGAUAACCGGCAAGCUAUUUCUCAUUUGAGUUCUUCUGUUUUCAAAAUUCUUAAACUAACUGUCUGAAAACGGUUUUAGGCCCAGGGAGGUCGGACCAAGGACGUGAUCGUUCGACAGCGUUUUAUUUAGUUAUUUAGUCGCAAGAUGUGCCUUUUAAUUUCUCUAGAUUGACUGAACAGACAGACUGAAGAUGUGCUCGACAAUUUUCCAGUACUCUCAACUCGCAACAGGCAACCCGCAACUCGCAACUUGAGAACUCGCAACUAGCAACUCGCACCUCGCAAUUCGCAACAUGCAACUCACAACUAGCGACUCCCAUCUUAUCUUGCAACUCGCAACUCCACGACUCACAUAUAUUCUACGAACACCCAUAAUAUAUGAGCCCAUAUACCAUGAUGACCAAGCCAACCAAAAUUCUAGAAUUAGUUUUUUUAUUUAAUGUCUAAAAACUCGGUUAACGAGGGAAGAAAAGCUAGGGGGGGAGGAGUUGCUAUAAGGAUAGUACACUAACAUUUUUAUCAUAUUGUCUCAAGCCGCAAGAAACGCCGACCAAAGUUGUUAUGAUAAACUGAACACUGAGGCUGCUGGUUACGGUACAUGUGAUCCAGCUACAAAUACAUCGUGUGCUGCAAGGUAAAAAAAGCGUAGUAUAAGAAGAUUGAGGGAGGCUGGUAUCAGCGGAUUAUAUUCUUCACGAUAGUUCUCCUUAUUAUACGAGAGCUGCAAUCGGCUCUUUUUAGUAAGAGAGUCAACUUAGACGCACACAACGUUGCUGAUGAGGUGAUAUUCGGUAACGAAUAAAAAAAAAGUGUCAAAUGUUUUUUUAAAAAACAGAAACGUUUGGGUUUAUGACCCUUCUUCAGUAUGCGAACGAACCGUUGUACAGUACAACGCACAUACUAUAUAGACAUAAAAAUGAUCGAACUGCGCGCGCGUUUAAUAGCGCGCGCAAGAUGUAUAUAUUGUCCCAGUUCAAAUAAAACUGAAAGUGAUAUUCAGUCCUUUCGGCUGAACGGCGCCUAGUUGAAAAAUCAAUCGCAUCUCACGUUGCUUUCGUUUAAUAUUAGUACUACUGCAUAACGCCACGCCACGCACCUGGACAUCAGAAAUACUAUGGCGAGUGGAGUUGAAAUGUUGGGGGACAGGAAACCAAGGAGUGUUGUUGCAUGUACUUCUUAGAUGUUCGCUGAAACAUUUCGCAAUUACACGCGCGCUCGCUCCGAUAAUUUGUAUGUCUCAGUGGUUUUGCUUAGUACUGUGCAACGGUUUUUUCGCACACUGAAGAAGGGUCAUAAACCCGAAACGUUUCUGUUUUUUUUAAAAUAUUUGACACUUUUUGAUUUUUUUUUUUUUUUACCGAAUAUCACCUUAUCAACUUUUGGAGCACAAGUGUCACGCAUACCUGACGGUUUUUCCGCAAACAACGUAUGGAGCGUCUGCGAAUUAGUGCUCAAUAUCGAAUUCGAAUCCUGCAGAGUCGCAAGAACAUAUGUCGGCUUUUUUGACUGGCUAGUUUGUUGGUUAGUUUGUGAUUAGUACGAGUUGAAUUAAGUGUUGACAGGCCAAACACGACUAACAGCUCGUGACAAGAUAGCCUGCAAAAACAACCUUUUCUCCUCGCUCCUCGCCGCUUGGUACGUUUCGCCAGGAGAGACGUCUGAUGACGUAAAAUCUCUCCGGAAUCUGGUCGGGUGCUCUGAUUGAUCGACGUAGUAGUUAUAUUGUUUUAGCUAUUGAUUACUAAUGACAGACAAAAGACAAAAAGCCACAAAGGUCAGAUGUAAACAUGAUGAAUAUUUAACAAAACAAUCAAUAUAUAUUCUUUCUUUCUAGAAGAAGCAUUUUCGAAUUUACUAGAGCUCGUUCGCAGAUGAACGAUUAAUUUCAUAAACAUUGAUUUACUUCAUCAGUAUAGAAUUUCUCUCGCUGAGGCACAGACGUCUCUCUGGCGAAACGCCCUAGCGGCGAGGAGCGAGAAGAAACGGCUGUAUUCGUAGGCUAACUACAAGAGAGUUUGAGCUAGUGAUAGUGGGAAACGUGAAGCUUGAACAACAGAGGUCUUUGUUGCUCUCUUUUUGCGUAGAUUAUGCCGUGCAUGGAGUAUUCUACACUUUGACUAAGUAAAUCUUAUUUUUGCCGCAUUGAGUCUCACAUUUAUAAGUAGUUAGUUCCUGUCGGCUUUACGUUUGGGCAGAUGUUUUCUGAUCACAAAUGCAGUUUACCAUUAAAUGAUUUUCUUUUCCCUCAGUUUAAGCCUUAAGCUUUAUUAUUGCCGCUAAAUGACCUUAGUUUCUUUGGUUUUCUCCGAAAUGUCUGGACCUGAAUAUAGAGCCACAUGUGCCGUGUCUACACCUGUUGUUGUUUUGAAGCUAGAACUGUCGGCUAGAUAGCAGUAAUUGCACAAUACGCGGAAGUGCAUCUGCAGCGAUUGGAAGAUGCUGAAAAACCAGUCGGCAAAUUUACAAGCAAUCGCAAAUUCUGGCCUUGAAGGAAUUUUUUUGUUCACAAGAAGGCUUUCAAGUUGGAACUGCUCUUUCAUUGUUUAAUGUAAACGAUCCUUGCUAACUCCCUGCUGUGAUUUUUGACGUCAAUGCGCCCAACCGUCACGCCCACGUAAGAAUAGGCCAAUCGUGAGGCGCAUAAGAAACCCGUAAGAAACCUUCCUAUCAGAAACGCUCACAUAUGUCCUUGCGACUCUGCCUGCCAGGUUAUUGGAACGAGCUUAAUAUGUGCACUAAUUCGCAGACGGACUAUACAGAUGGUUUAGAGAAUGCGUGGUCCGGCUGCAACGCAGGCUAAAACAACGCUAAGGGACAGAAUGAACCAAGUGGAGUCAUAUAAAUUCUAUUUUUUCUUUUCAAUGUGUUUUUUAACCAUAUAGCUGCUUUAUUGUAUAGGGCUUAUUCCUUUAUCACUCAUUUAAUUCAGUUACUGUUUUUAUUAUCAAGCCAUUUUUAGAAAUUGCCACUCUUGGUAUAUUAAGACUUACGUCAUCGAUAGACGGGGACGGAAUUAUUCUUAGAGACAAAAUGCGUUUUCCUGUUAAAAUCGACAUGCUUCAUUUAAUUGUUGUAGCUUUUGAUAUCAAAAUUGACCGUGAGUAAUCUUUCCUAAUCGGUUCUUUUCUCCGCAGUAACGUUUUAUGCGGUCAGCUACAAUGUCAAGACAGUGGAAGUUCCCCGGUGGUUGAUUAUGGAUGGAGCUACACCAAGAUUCCUCUGGACAACGGGAAACAGUGCAGGUUUGUUCUCAUAGUAGAGAGUGUCCAAAACCAGUGAUAAAAGAUUAUUGCUCCGGCAACGUAGAUCUCGUCCUGGUGUUCAUAUUUUGCUUAGCACUGGAAAUAAGUCGCAAAAAAAAAAAGACAACAACAACAACAACAAUAAAUUGCUUGAACUAAACUUUUCACGGCCGCACCCUCUAUUUCCGUAAGGUGGUCUAGAUCGAGCAGUCAUCAUUACCAGCGGUUUUUUAAAAAAAGGUUUAAAGGCUCGUAAGUGCACUUAGCUUAUCCAGCUAGUUUACAGGCAUUCCCCUCUAAUACUCAGAAACAAAUAAUUCAAAUACAACAUAACAGGAUUACAAACCCCAACUGGCAGGAGGCAACCAGUUGGCUAUUUACAAGCGUGGCCAAAGAUUUAAACUCGGGAUGACCAAGAAAAAAUCCAGCAAGUGGCCGAGUGAGCGGGACUCGAACCCGGGAUCGCCGGAUUGCGAGUCCGAUGCGCUAACAACUCUACCACGCUGCCUCCUUAGCGGCUAUCUUAGUUUAAAAUCAGUACCGAGUCUACCCCAGGUAUGAGUAUUAUAUCUACUGAGGGGGUAGGGGACGGUUUGGCAGUUUGGGAGGUGCAGUUGCAAUCAAGUUGGCUAUUUUACGAUAAGCGCUCGCGACCUUACGAAAAAACAGGGGACUGUGAAUAGUCUAUGCUUGUACAUAAUGGAUACGCGCUUAACUCUUACAACGGAUAUCAAAAUUUAUCCUAUAUAAAAGUGUCGUCUGGUAAUUUCAGAGAGCGAGGAGACCACAACAUCCAAUGAACAGAUUGUUUGUCGACGUACUUCAGCUUUAAAACGAAUGAACCGGCGCAAAUGAAAAAAAAAAAAAAGAAGACGUAUGCAAAGCAGUCGUUCAUGGCUUCAGCAAGCGAGGACGACGUUUUAGUCCAUUUAGUAUACGAUCGCUUCUCACGUCUAAGGUUAAGCCGGGGCUUGGAUAAGCCCAGCCCAAAACUUCUUGGCAAGGAUAAGCCGUGGCUUGAGCUGGCCGUGACCGCAUAUUUUAUACCAUUUAUACGGAGUGUUCGUGUCUUAUAAUUAUUAUAGUGUAAGCCGCGGAUUGUGCACGGCCGUUAAAGUGUGUAACGGAGCUUUAAAAAUUUACCAAGGAAAAGAAAACUGAACGUCUAAUCCUUUAGGUUUGAACUAAAUUAUAUUAAAUAUAGCUUGAAAAAAGAAGAUUGUAUAAGUACUUUCCUCUCAGCUUAACAAGUUCCUCGUCGCGUUUCUUUUUUUUUUUUCAACAGUGGUGCGGCUCUAAAAUCGGUAGAUGAUGCCGGUCUUGGAAUGGUUAGGGAAGGAACAAAAUGUGGCAUCAACAAGGUUAAGUCCAAGUCAAAAUUCUAGGUUCUGAGCACGUGUAACGUCCACUGAUAAGAUAUAUGGGAAGCACCUAACUAAAUGCUUUUUUUAUAUCUUAACUGAAACAUACUCAGUAUAGGGUUUAGGUGCCAGAUGCAUCAUUCCGUCUGUCGUAACAGCAAACCUUUGACGUUCAACCUGGCCCAGGCACACGUUUCUGCGUUUUAACGCCAUAAAAAAUUGUAAAUUGUAAAAAAAUAGACCAUAUAAAUGCACCUUGUUUACCCCCCAAAUUUUGUAUAACCAUUGUUUCUAAUUUCUCCUGGGUAUCACAGUCGUCCCAAUCGAAAACAAUAGUUAUGUAAAAAAUUGAUGUGUUAGUGUGCGCGUGUGUUUUUUUUGGGGGGGGCGUAAACAAGGUGUAUUAUGUUCUAUGUGAAAACGAUGGAUUCUUUUAUGAUAAUUCUCAGACUUAUUAAUAAUUCAUGGGGAAAUUUAUGGGAUGUAAACAAGGUGUAUUAUGUUCUAUGUGAAAACGAUGGAUUCUUUUAUGAUAAUUCUCACACUUAUUAAUAAUUCAUGAAGAAAAUACAACGGAAAUUUAUGUGUAAUGAGUUUUUGGACUUCAGAUGAAACACUGCUCAUUUUGACAUCCUUAAUUUCUCCUUCUAAAAUCAUUUUGUUUCAGAAGUAAUACCAAGCAUUCGACAAAGUGUUUCAUCACCACUUGAAACACCUCUAAGUUCGUCAAAAAUACUCCGCUGCGCGUUGUAUUUUCAACUCUCUUCCCAGUUUGUUCGUCUGGUGAUGAAACACAAAAUGUAUCAUGCUUGAUAUAUCACUUGAAAUUUUUAGGUCUUGUGGCCCAUUAAUGUUGAAUUAUUGUAGAGAAAAUUCCAAUUUUUUUGCCUGUCGAUUCAAAUGGCUGACAGCAGAAACACCAUAAUCAACGACGAGCGAAGAUGUUGGUCAGUUUACCAUGUUUACAAAGUUACCAUUCAGUGAAUGAUCUGAUUAUUUAACUACUUGCAGUACCGAUAUGUGUAGUUACGUUAAAACUGACGGGGUUAAUUCAACACUAUCUUGUCUUGGAAGACAAAUUGAAUUACUUUUAAUUGUGUUUUUGUUAAUUGCAACUAUCUUAGAUGUGUGUCAAUUACAAAUGCCAGUCAUAUAGUGAGCUGAACAUCGGCAAGUGUCCAUUAGUGGGUAACAAAGAAUGCGGAGGUAGAGGGGUAAGUGGAUCGUGAAAUAAUAAAACAGUAGAGUUUAUGUUCGCGAGAAUAAAUAGAUCUGUUUUGAACUCGACUUAGAAUCAUUACAAUUUUAGCCCGAGCCACUAGGCAAAGGUUAAAAUGGGCUCUGAGCACGCUGGGCUCAAAACAUAUUUAUGCCCAAGAACAUAAACACUAUAAUUACUAUUUUUAUCACGUAAAAAAAGUAAUGAGAAAAUAAUGACUUAAAAAACUGAGAAGAACAGAGUCUGAAUAAACAAAUCACGUUCGCCUACAUUUGACAAAGUUAGUGACUUGGAGUAAUCGAGAAGAUUGAAAGAACAUUUAAAUACAUGUUGAAUGGCUUUAUGUUUGCCCCGAAAAAAUAUAACUGGGCAAAAAUAUUACAAUGGGAAGAAAGUAACCUGACGGUCAAAUUCGUCUUGGCUUAUUAACUAUAGUAUGACGGGGAUAACUACUAUGAAAUUCAAGGCAACUAAACAGUUGUAGUUUAUAGCUAAACGAGAAGCCUUUCGGUAAAAGAAAAUGUGACCGCUUCAGCUCUGUUCGCUCUAACUAUAGUUAGAAAAUUUACGCCUCGGUGAUCCAAAACAAUACAGACUAACUAGUUAUACCCAAGCAGGGUUCGUGGGUUAGUCUUAGGAACGGACCAUUAGAAAAGUUAUGGGGGGGGGGGGGAAUUUUCGAGCCGCAGGAAUUUUUUUUCCUUAUCAAAGUCCUUGAAUGAAUUGCUUUUAGGCCAUAACAUAAAUAUUUUUAUGAUUAAUUGGCGUUCAAGAAUUUUUUUCAUACAAUUUUCCCUUGCGCGAAUAUUUUUUUUGUACUUCGCCCGCCCCCCCCCCCCCCAUAAGUUUUCUAAUGGUCUCUCCCUUAAGUUUACCAACAAACAACCAAUCAGAAUGUGACACUUCUUUUCGCACGCGCGAGAUGAGCAUAUAUAAAUAUGCAAAAUAAAAACCAAGCGUGAAGCGAGGAGGAAACCAAAAACAACAACAAAAGAAUUUACUUAGAACUAACUCUUGUUAACUGCGUGGUGUGACCUUAAUGUCGACCGAAAGCACUAACUACAGUUAGGUAUGACAUCACGUAACUUGACGCUAUCUUAAGUUAAACUUUAGUUUCGUCGUAGAUGUGACCGUAGCCAAUAUCGUGUUUAACUAACAGUCUAGCUGAACUGAGUGCGUUUGGUUUGAAGCCGCCAAAGUUACUUAAACUUCGUCGCCGACUAUGGAGCAACUACAGGCGUUGUUUACAUCAGAACUUCCUUUUGUAGAUCUUCUUCCUUUGUCUGAGGAGAUCAAGAAAUUGUUUGCUGUUUUUUGUGGUUUCAGCCAUAAUAGGCCCUUUGCAGCUAGCCAUUCACGCGGUAAAAAACCGCCGCGCUGGAGAGCAAAAGUCGCACUGGGACAAGACAAACAAAAGACAUACAUAAUUUUAAUUAUAACAUAGCUAGAAAAUUCGCCUAAUCAAAUUCAAUAGCGCGAGCGUGCUUCAUAUUCCUAUUGAGCACGCUGAUGACGUCAAUAAACUAUUCGUAAUUCCUCGAGUGGUUGUGAGCUUAGCAAUCCUGAGUCUCCUGAGUGCAUCCAUAACUCAGCAAUAGACAAGGAAGCGUUUACGAUGUGUUUUAUAAGGAAAUUUAAGAGGAAACGUUUGAAUUUGUUAACCGAUAGUAAGGAAAAGAGGUGAGUGUUGUUGUUGUUGUUGUCAUCUCCGCGAGCUGUGCGGGCUAUGGCGUGAGUUCAUUCUUUGCAAACUUGUUUUCUCUCAAUAACAAUUUUUCGGUAAAUUAAUAGUUUUCCAGCACCUAAAUAUGGAUUUUAUAAUCAUUUUAGAGUACACUUUCUCUCAGUUUCAGGAUAAAAACAUAAGAUUAACUGUGAGGAAAAAAAUAUAUAGUCACGUAAACAUUGACGCGUACUGCUUUGAGCGCACCCUACAAUAAUAAAAUUAUAAGUUAACUGAUGCAUUGAUCGCUUUGAUGAUGUUAUAAAACAAUUAGUUCAUGCUGCAGCUGUGCGUAUGUCGAGUUAUUGAGCACUUGGGAAGUUUGGAGAGCACUCAAGAGGCUAGAGUUGCACUCGGCUGCGCCUCGUGCAACUCUUACGCCUCUUUCGUGCUCUCCAAACUUCCCGCGUGCUCAAUAUCUCGACAUACGCACGCUGACGCAUGAACUAAUUGUUAAAUGGUAACUUUCUUUGUUUGUCUUGUCCAAGUGCGACUUUUGCUCUCCAGCACGGCGGUUUUGUACCACGUGAAUGGCUAGCUGCAAAGGGCCUAUUUGAGCUUUGAAAAUGAUAGCGUGAUUUCUUUGACAAACGACGCAAGAAAAUGGCGUGAACAAAGCAAUGGCCUCUCGAUUUUGAUUGGUUGCUUACAUCGCGUGACUGUUCGACCCUCUCCUUUCAUUGGUUUAUUUCAGCGUUUAGGGCCUGUUUACAUGGAGUGGGGGACCCCGGUCUAGUGGGGUAGGUUUCUUUUGUUUUGUGUCCCCCACAGCGUGAAAACAAAAGAAACCAACCCCACUAGAGCGGGGUCCUCCACUCCACGUAAACAGGCCCUUAGUUAGGCCCCCAAAUUUUCCAUUUUAGCCCGCAAAAUGCACCACAUACCUGACAAAGUGAUAAUAAUGAAACUGAUUAUUGCACAAAACCUCGGCACUGCAGUAAGGUAAGGACAUAUUUUGACAAAUCAUUCAGUAAAAUUUUGUCCCGCUUCCAACUGAUAUAUUUGUCAAGGAUCCUAACCUACUUAUACUCGAGACGAUGCAUCUGUUUGAUACUUCAAAGAACAUUGUUGAACCUAGGGAAUUAUCAAAUAAAUAUGUUAAUAGUAAAACUGAGUGUGUAAAUCGCGUAAUUAUAACUAACAGACCGACGAUUAUAUCAUCAUCGUGAUAGUCAAUCAAGUCAAGUCAAGUCAAUCAAGUCAACAAAUUUUUGAAAGAUUGCCGGGAAAUUAUGUCAGCUUAAAAAGCAGCAGACACCUUGUGAUUUAUAAUAGCUUCCUUUAUUCUCAGGUGUGUAAAAACGAUCAGUUAUGUCAUUGUGAGGGUGGAUUUGAUCCCAAGGACGGCUGUGCUUCAGGUGUGACGGAUAUUUUUAUGUGAAUUAUAACCAGGACCACCUGCGCCCAGCCCCCCCGGGCUGACCCCCAGGAAUUAGCAUUUUUUUGGGUAGGGACUCUUGAGCUGUCAAAUCCUCCUGGGUGGCGACGAAAAAAGAGGGCAUUUUAAUGUGCGAUUUUCUGUUUCAAUUAACGUCUUCCUUUGUAACAGCGCUAGGAUUCUAUUUAAGACUUCAAGCCGCGACGACAAGUAUUGAUAUUGAAAAUUAUUGACAUUAAAAUUAAUAGAGCGCUGUAAAGUUAUAUGUUAUGGAUAGUUUUAUAAAUAUGAAAGGAUGUUAUUCAAAUAAUAUCAACAGAAAUUUGAUUCAAUAACCAAAAAACGUUGAUUCACAUCGAUAUCUCCAAUUUCGCAAUGUAAUUCUGGCUUGAUAAGCAAUGAAGAAAUGCAUGUAUAAAAUCGAGAACAUGCCUUUACAACCCUCAACAAUUUAUUCAUGUCCUUGACAGAUGAGCCAAUCUGCUUUUUUUCCAGCAAAACCUUCUGUGUAGUUAUAUUCUGAUUUUUUUAUGUUUCUUGAAUGAAGACAAAAUUAAUGAAAUUCCAAUAAAUCAGCUUUAGUUCCUCGCAAUGGCGCAUGGGGGGAGUGGUCAUCGUGGACUGUGUGUGAUAAAGGUUGCGAUGGAGGAAAGAGAAAAAGGCAUCGAUUCUGUGACAAUCCAUUUCCCUUACAUGGCGGAGAUGACUGUCCUGGAGAUCGGCAUGAACAAGAAGAUUGCAAUACAGAAAGCUGUCCUGGUGAGUGAAAAAAAUCGCUUGUGUUACGUCAGCCUUUUGUAAGGGAUAUUUGCACAAAACUUUGUGGGAAUACUUACAGUUUUACAGCUUACAUCGAAGUUUUACAAAUGUUAAGAUGAAUUUGUAAGCGUCUAUAAGGUCAAAACGGGUAUUUACGUACCUGUCCUGUAAUUGCCAAAUUCAAACUCCUGGGCAUCUGCACAUACGUCUUGGGCAUAUAAGUAUCCCCUUUCCAACUGUUAUUGUCUUUUCACCUCUCGAAAUGCAUGUACAUCCGUAUACUUAGCGUUGUGCCUGUUUUUCGUUUGCAUUUUAGUGGUUAUUUCCUGCCGACAAUUACAGCAAAUCGGCAAUGAGAAAAACCAUUACUAUCCCGACGGCGUUUACAAGAUUAACCCCACUGGCUCCAGAGAAAUCUUGGCAUACUGUGAUAUGUCACGUGAUGGUGGGGGAUGGACAUUAUUGGUCGCAAGCCACACCAACAGUUGGACAGCAAAUAACGUUAUCUUAAGAAACGCCAACUCACCACAGUUACAUAGCGACCAUUCUAUCCUCCAGUUUGCAGAUAGUAUCAAAGAUAACAUAAAUGUGGGUGGCUCAAAGUUUGAAUAUCGGCUGGAAGCUCAAAGUCGAGGUAACUUACAUUUUAGACUGUUUAAUUACUGUUCUCUAUUUUCCAUAAAGUUGUCGAAAUAAGGAGUGCGUGUCGGGAUUGACAGCGGACGGGAAAAGGAGCUGCUUGUAUAUAAACUUGAUCCAUUUCCCAAUGUUACACUUCCAAAUGCAACCAAGAAGGACGGAGGCCCGUUGCAGUAGGCGCUCGAUCUCGACUGUCAUUUAUUCUGAAGGAAGUUUUGCAGAAGCCAAUGAUUCGGUGGGGUUUUCUAACUUGAACGUUUUCCAUACGCCAGCUAAUGCAAGCAGCAACUAAUAAUGAAUGGCAGUUAUGGACUUUAGAUUGUCACAGCCUCUAUUACUAUUCUUUUUUCAACGCAAACUGGUCAGUGGCGACAAACACCGAGUACCAAGAGCGAAGGGAUAGAGAUAAAAAGUUACUAGUUACCCUUUCCUGAACACCCAUCCAGUUUAUGCAUUAAUUUCACAAUGUUACGGGUUUCACUGCUAUUUAAAUUCUUACCGCGUGCUUCAAUUCUUGUCCUACAUGUACAUGUGAGUGAACAUUUCAGCUUACGUCUGACUAGAAACUAUUUACCUUUAAAUCAAAGCAAGGCGUUAACCGGACCACGAGUAAAAAUGAGAGAAACAUCGAAAAGGGAAUAAGAGCAUGAUUCUGGGCCGAAGGUACCAAUCAUCUCUUGUUACGUACGAUGAAAUGCAUAGCUAACGGUGGAGGGGGAGCAGUGGAUAUUUCAUAAACAAUCAUAUCCCUCCUCCUUCAUACAUUCCCCCCUAGAUCAAAAGAACAAUAGUGCAGGGAUACGUUUUAUGCAGAGGACUUCAAGUUGUAGUUCUUCUGGCAUAAAGGUAUUUGUACAGAGAAAUUCUGGUGGCUCAGCUCACUGGCGAAAUUGCAUACAUGAGUUUGGCAGUUUAAAGGUUUUUAAAGUGAGUUGUUGCCAUGAUACCCGGUAGAAACAAGGCUAACUUAAAUUAGGAAAGAAAAUGGUUUCUGGAUUUCAUCUCUUAAAAAUAUUAUCAUUCCUCCCCCUUCUUUUGUAAAAAAAAUUACGAUCCUCUGCUUCUCCUCCCUCCCCCUUCCGUAACCAAGGUAUUAUGAAUGCAGCCUAAAGAAGCUUGCGGGGUCCGCGUGUAUUAAGUUUUUCAAAAUUAUAUGUAUAUAGCAAGAACAAAUCAAACAAUAAAAUCUUACUUUACAAAACGUAUAAAAAUGCCUUGCUUGUCACUUGGCUGAAUGCCUUGUAGCAGCUGUGUCGGGACACUCGCAGAGUAAGGAGUUCCAUUUUUGGGCAACCUACAGACCAUAAAUCUCUUCAUGGUAUCGGUCCAUUAGGGUCUUUUCAAUUAUUAUUUUGUUGUUUCAGUCAAUAAGCGGUCAUACACUACCAUAAACUCUAUGAUCUACUUCGGAACGCAUUUAUGUUAUUCUUUGUGUCAUAAUAUUUUUGACGGUAGUUUAUAUGAAGUCGAUUCGAUCAUGAAAAAUUUUAAAGAUGCUCAAAAGAGGACUCAUAUCCUUUCAUAUACUAUUCUCUGCAGGCCGAUGGGGAGGUAUUUGGGAGGCGCAGCGAGCUUAUACUUUUACGGCAAAAAACAACCAGCAAACGGACGUGGUGCUUAUUAAAAAGUUUGAUAAUUGGGAUUACUCGAACAGUGGCAUUGAGCAAAGAAUGCCGUGGAUUGCUGAUGCUAGAUUGACAACCUCAGGGAACGCCUACUCUAACUGGUGGGGAACAAUAACGGGUAGGUACUGACAGAAAGAACUGUUAUAUAAGUAUGUAAAUAUAUUGUCACUUGAUGAUUAAUUAUACGUUGUUGAAAUAAUCAUCAAUGCCAUCAAAUCUAUCCCAGUUGUAUGCAAAAAUUGAGUACUUCAAAUUUGACCGUCAAAAACGUUAGUUGUAAUGAAAAAGAUAUAAAAAUACAAGACUUUUCAGACGGAAAAAUUUAUAGGAUGUAACUAGGACGUGUUUGACGUCAUGCUAAAUAUUUAGGUUUAAAGUAAAAAAGAAAGCGGUUAAAGAAGCAAAAUUUACGUCACCAGAAGGUGACUCAAGUAUGAAAGGGUCAGGGAUGAGCGACGUCACGGAAUUAGAAUUGAACCCUAAAGAAGACUAAUCUGAUCAUGGCUUAGGCUUUAUUUGACCUAUUUAAGAAGACCUUACUAAAACGGGAAACAUAUUUACAGAAUCAUCACUUAACAGCUAAAUCUAUUUCAAAUUAAAUUGUGCAAAAUAUUUUGAAAUUAUUUGUAGGUCUUUCUUUAAAAAACCCUAACCUAACUGAUGUCUCUAUCGGUAAAAAUAUCUGCUUUCCUUCCAUGUAUAUAUGUUUACCAGACAUGAAACCAAAAGUUUAAAUUUUCACCCCUUAUAAGGAGACGAUAUCCCCGUCUCCGUCAUACCAGAGUCCCCCGGGAUUUUACGUGAAGCAUGCAGGCUUUUAAGAACCUCGAUGAAUUGACAUGUCGUCGGUGAAUAUAGGUUCGCGGGCUUUUAUUGUCUUUCAAAAUCAAGUUUACCGCUAAAUAUGGAUUUAUAAUUAUUUGUGACAGCGAAUGACAGGAGUUAUCAUCCUGCUCCUUGGAUCAAUGGCCACCUUCAAGAAAGCCAGCCAUCUUAUAUUUGGUAUUGGAUGAGAGAGGGUCCUUAUCAAAUCCCUAAAUCAUGUAUGGAAGUCAGCUUCAGAGGGCUUCUUACAAACCCAGUUUCAGGUAAUAAAAAUACGAAGCCACAUUGAAACGUAAUAACCUCACGAUUUCCAAAGCUAACUUUGAACAAGUUAAUUAGCAUGUACAAUAGAAUUAAAAUUGAGGAGGGUGUUUACCGAGGGCGAUAACACCCUCCAAGGUCAACAUAUAAUUCUUAAGAUCAUACGAAAGCCCAAUCCAAUAGUUGUCGCGUUUUAUAAAUCAUUCAAAAUAAUUCGUACUUUAGAAUAUGCUUACCUCGAUCAAUGUUUUCUUGUCUACUCCCCGGCAAAUGUAGUGUAGCAGAUAUUAUUCAAAUAGUAAUUGUCAUUCGUGGAGUUGUAUUUUUGCUGUUCUUACUUUGUUUUAGGCAGCCGUGGGGCUAUUUCUUACAUCACAACCUGUAAAUUCGUCCACUACUUUCUCGAGUUUACUAGAACAGCUGGGCUAACGCAAAAUCGUCCUCAGGUUUUUCAGUCGCUGUCCCUUUUUUCGUGAUAUCCUGUACCAUUGACUUCAUUGGUACUUGAUUUUGCUCAAGACUUCUAAAUAUGGUCAACGCUAACUGGUUUUGAAAAAUUGAGGAACCAAUCCUAUAGAAAGGAACACACAGACAUCAACCUACGACAUAGCCAAUGUAAUGUGGAGACAUUACUUCAUAGGGGGGCAAGGGUAAUGCGUGGUGAGAGCACUCCCCUUCCACCUACUCGGGUUCAAAUCCCGGCGUCGACGCCAUAGGAGGGUUAGUUUGUUGUUGGUUCGGGGACGUUAGUUUUCUCCCCUCCUCAUGCAAUAAACCAACAUUUCCAAAUUCCAAUUUGACCAGGAAUGCUAGAAGAAAAACCACUUUUUGUACUUUGAGGAUGAGUUACCUCUUAAUCAUCACUAUUAUUAUUAUUAUUAUUAUUAUUAUUACAAGUGAUACCGGUAAAAGUAAAUUAUAAUUAUUUUACACUAAAGAAAGCUUCGAGCUUAAACCUUAAAAUAAUUUGCUCAAAAAGGGUUAGCUUUUUUCGUCUUUCUUCGGUGCCGCCCAUUUAUACGACGAAGUCACGAUUCGAGGUUGUCCGCUAUAGUGAAAAGUGAUUCCAUUUGCUUUUAUUGAAAUGGAUGGAUGAAAAUUGAUCGCUCUUUUUGAUAUACAAAUCAUCUCCACUGACAUACAAAUCAUGUCAAAACGAGAAAGUAAAAUCAACAAUUACAGCUGAUUCUUUAGUCGCGGCACAAGCCGAUUAAGGUAAUAAAAUUGAUUUGCAAAGAGAGAUACGAAUUGCUCUUACUGAAAAGAAAACAACAUCUUGAUAACAGCCUGCAAACCACUAAGCUGAAACUUAUGUCAUGUUAGGCCCUUUCAAACCUGGAAUUUCUUGUAAGUGCCGAAUUACACCUAUUUUAGUCGAUGAAAGUAAUUAAAUACGGCAGUUGAUUCAGACGUCGGAUAUCUGAUGGUACCGAAUUCAACUCCCUUUGUUGUAAAUAUUCCCAGUCUCUAGAAAAUUUUUUAAUGCAAUAUGGAAAAGGGUUUCUAUAAUUAAUGCAUUAUACAGUUUGGCACAUGCGAAAUCCGACUUCUAAAUCAACCUAAGUCGAAUUUUCGACUGUUUCAGUCGCAGUUUCGAUAAAGUCGUAUUUAAUUUGAAACUGUUGAAUUUAGUUGAUUUAGACGUCCCAUCUCAAAGCAGUUUCCUCUCAAAUUAAAUUAGGCACAUUUGAAAAUCGACGAUUGAGCUGGGUAAUGAUAACAGUGUCCACUAUUACUGAAAUACCGGUAGAUGUAUACGCUAUGAUACAUACUGAAUUUUUUAUAUUCCUGUAAACGUUGUUUUCAAUUUACCACAUUAUUUUACUAGUUAUAUGCACCACACAGGCAAAAAAGAGAGUAAAAAAGAGAUUUUUAAAAAAGAAAAAAAAUAAGGUUACGAAAAAUUUGCCUCAAGGCGAUUCGAACCCGGUCCCUCAAAACCAGUUAGAACUAAAAGUUAAUUCCUCUAUUGGCCAUUUCGGAGUUGCGUAGGGAACUUGGGCGAGUGUAAAAUUUAAAUUAAUGGAUAAACUGACACCACCGUAUGAAAGGACAUGUUGAGACUGGUUAUUUGACCAAGUUUGGUGCUGUAAAUUUGAACAGGGAUCAAGUUAAGACUCUUGAAACAUGUUUAAAAAUCCUAUCAAACGUUUGUAAUUUUGUGACGGCUUUCCCCCAAACCACGAUUCCGUAAAGAUCUGGACGAGAUUAGCCUAACUUUAGCUAACUGCGUAUGCUACUUAAACAGAAACAGAAUAGGGACGUCCAAAUUUAAUUAACUGUUGCUUACUUUAAAACUUAUUGAAGGCAAGAACUCUUUGACGAUAUGAUUACUCACAGAAAUAAAUUCCGUAUGAUUACUUACAUAUUCACUAUCAUAGAGAACACCUUUUAAUUUUGUCUCAAUUCACUGUCCUUUUCUUCAGAUGGAAUUUUUACAAUCAAACCACCUGGACAUCAUGAAGUCAAAACGUAUUGUGACUUCACAACGGAAGGAGGUCCCUGGACUCUCCUUUUAACGAGCAAAACUCGCACAGGUUGGGACGCAGACAAAAUUAAACAGCGGAACUCAGAUAACCCAUCUUUACAAAAUGAUUUUUCCAUACUUGGAUUUGCGGACGCCAUUAAGAACUUUGAUCAGUCUCAGGUGAAUUUCUGCAGUUUAUUUUGGCAGCUCACUGUCUGGGCAAAAACGUUGUUUUGGUUUUUUAUUUGCUUUGAUUUUCUCUAUUGUUUUAACACAAAAAAUAUCUGAAUAAAUAUAAUGGAAGAUUCUGUUGAUCAGUUUGUUGAAAGUGGUAAAGUGGAGCAUGACCAUUGGAAUUAAUUUACCAUGAUUUCAUAUAAGAUCAGAAGUACAUCUUAGGAAACCUGAUGAAACUACUAAACAAAUAACUUUUUUAAACCCUAUUUAACACGAAUUUAACAUUCUUUUGUGUACAGGAUUAUUUCCAAUAUCGUAUUGAGGCAGAUGGUACUAGCCGCUGGGGUGGGAUAUGGGAAGCACCGCGUACUUACACAUUUCUUUCAACCUGUGACAAACAAACCAAAGUUAAAAUUGUUAAGAAGUUUGACUCCUGGGACGAAAACAGCAACGUGGGAAGGCGCAUGCCCAGAUUGGGUUUGACACGUGACCUUCUGCUAAGUAGUACAUCUGUGGCAGAUGACACUUCAGGAACUCUAGUAUUCAACAGCGGUGCCGCAGGUUCGCCAACAUACUUGAAGGAAAAACCAAAACCGGGAGUGGUGAGAUAUUGGAUGCGGGAGGGUACGAGGUAAGAUGUCAUUAUGGAUCUACAAGUAUCUUUCCUAUAAACCACAGGAAGCUCAAACUUGGUCAGCAGUUGGAAGCGAUGUGAAUGUUAUAAAUGUUUGGGAAUAAACUUGCUCAAUCCCUACAUCUCAUUUUCUUAAGCGGCCUAUUCGAGUGAGUGAUCCCCUUUCUCAUACGUCACCGAAAACCAUUGACCAAGAAAGCCUUAAACACGGAAAUGGGGAAUGGAAAAAACCCCAAAAUAAUUAGUUCUUAAUGCUAAUUUCUUUUGAACAUAGAUUCGAAAUAACUCAAACAAAGACUUACCUUGCUUUAGGGUCUGCAUGGUGAUCAGUGCUCAAAUCUCAAUUAUCAAUUAGAUAUUUGGAGUUUUAAGGUACCAGUUAACAAUUUAUUCCAUUUCCGAGCUGAAUUUGUCUGCUGACAACAUUCUCCCCUAUUAGUUGAAGCCUAUUCAGAGCCCAGUCUUCUCACUUUUAUGUAUUCUCUGAAUCAUUUUAGAGGCUAUUUCGGAGCAGUUUUCGGUGAGUUUAAAUUUCUAAUCAUUUUGUGGCUGACCCCUUUUAAUUUUAGAUUUUCAUGCAACGACAUAAAACUUCGUGGAUUGAGAGCUGGCAACAAGUAUGACGAUGGUUUCCAAAUGAUACGAGUAAAUAGUACCCAGUACCUACCUGUCUAUUGUGAUAUGACCACUUCUGAUGGUGCAUUCACUCUGUUAGUCACCAGUGCAAACAACAAUUGGACCAGGGCUCAAGUACCGCGCAGGUAACUGUAAUCAAGAGAACUUUAGCAUUAGGUGCUUCGUGGGAAACUGCAAAAUGCAGUUUUCAGUUUGCGGUUAGGGAUAAUUGCAGCUUCAAGUUUCCAGGAAUUCGAAUUUUAGCAAAGCGUUUGUUGUUUUGUGCAGUAAUGUUUUUUUUCGUUAAGUCGAAGUGCUUUACUUUUAACGAGAGGCUGUACAAUGUUUAAUGGCCAAAAUCCUUGCCAUAGAUAUAAAACCGCUGGAAGCCCUUCCUGGCUUUCCAAAGUGAACUGCAAACUGCAAACGCGACCGCAAGACCGUCGUCACGUGACACCCUCAGAUUAAUUGGAAUGUCCCGCCAAGAAAAAACGUGGGUUGUGCAAAUGCAUCGCACGAUUUCCCGCAAAGAAAAUAUAACAUAUUCCUCUCCCCGACGGGCGGACACCUGAUUCCCUUCCCUCAUCCCCAAAGAGUGUACGGACGGACAGAGUACGCUGACAUCAUAACCAUAUUUUCUCGGAUGGGUAUAAUAUCUAAAUUUUCUUACCGAUGGUGCUCCGCUGCUUGCACUUUGCGCGCGCGAAAGCUCUGCUUCUAAGUGUACCCGCAUUUCUAUCUUGGAUAAUAGAGGUAACUGCAAAGAGGAUCUCCAAGUAUCUAUUGAAAUUCUUCCUUUCUUUACAGGAACGAAUUUCAUCCAGCACUGCAUAAUGACUACUCCAUCUUGUACUUAGCUGACAGCAUUAAAAGUCUCAGUAAUAAUGACUCUUUCCAAUACAUGAUGGAUGCUAACUCUCGUCGUCAUUGGGGUGGAAUUUUUCGGGCUCCAUCUUCAUAUAGGUUUGACAUUAAAGAAAGCUUAUUUCCCAGUCGCGCUCUAAAUAACAUUAACUUGCAAGAUAGGCGUAAAACGAGAGGAGGUGGUGACUCAAAGGGGAUAAGUCAGAUGUGAAUUAGAGGGAGAGAUGUCUCCUUGCGCCUUCCACGCAACUAAGUUACAAGAGAGGGUCUCAAUGGGGUGGUACAGGGGGCUCACACAUGAUCUGUGGGGGCCGGGGAGAGGAGGACUCGCUCAGAGGCUACCCUUUGCCUACCCUCAACUAGCUCAUGGUGAUGAAGUUAUUCACUUUUUUCAGGGCCGGGUUGCACCUCUCACAAGAGUUAAAUGACCGAUAACCUCAUUCAAUGCAUUUGUAUUCAGUCAACUUGAUUAAUGUAACAGCUUCUCAUACGACCUGCCUGACUACGAACUGAAUAGGCUAGAGUGUGCACGGAACUGUGAACUUUUAGCUGCUUGUGCAACACCGAUUGUUAAAGAACACAAAUUUUAUUGCUUAGCACCGCUUGUUAUAAAGUUUAAUUGGUUAUGAAUUAAAUUUAGAAUUGAGUUGAAAUUAUUUUUGUUAAUUUAAGAUUCUUUAUGGCUUUAAGUUCCCACUAAUUCAUAAUCGCUUAUUUCUAUGAGACCUCCAUCGCGAUACAACUUGUUAUUAUUAUCCUUAUCAUUAUUAUUAUUACUAUCAUAAUUAUUAUUAUUGUAAAUCAUGAUAUGUUAAUAAGAUCUACUUUAUUCUUUAGUUUCAUGGCUACAAACGACAAACAAACCAACGUGCAAUUAUUACGAAAGUUUAACAACUGGGAGUAUUCCUGGUGGAAGUCUCUAAACAAGAGAAUGCCCUGGUUUGACUCUAAAGGAACCCAUAAGAAGGCUUUACUGACGACUUCGACUAGCCCAACGUACUACCCCUCGGGUUCCAUCAUAUGGGGAGGCACAGAUCGACACCCAGCCGAUUGGAUCCGGGAUGGAGGAAUGAGGGAUCCUGGAGUGAUCUGGUAUUGGGUAAAUGAAGAUGACUGCGAUCAAGAUAGAAAACCAGGUGGAAUAACGUGAUGUAUAUUUUUUAUUUAUUUAUAGAGAGAAUUGUUUAUGUAGCUGCAUUUCAGCUGCAUUGUGCUUGAACAACAACCCUCUCUCUCGCAUAGAUGACGUGACAUUUACGACGUAAACUAAAAUGAAACCUCCGACGAACCAGGAUACUGCCAGGAAUUUGCCGUUGGCUGAAGGUGUAAUCUACAUCGGGCAUACCGCUAAUUCUAAAUGCGCUUCAUCGGCGGGAGCAGUUUGCUGUCGAUUUCGGAGCCAUCUCAAACUUUCUUUAUAUCUCACCGAAUUUUUUUUUUCAAUCAAUGAAAAACAAAGCGUUCAGAAAAUUCCGGUUUUGGUGGAUUGGUCAUGUAUCAAUGAGUCUCAACUCACAGUCAACAAGCGACAACAAAAUAAUUCGAAAAUUACAUGUUAGACUUGUUAUAAAGGAACAAAUUUAUUAUCCACACCCAAAGGUUUUAGUAGUGUCUGCUCAGCCGCCCUGUCAGUCUCAUGUUUCUCGAUCGAAGUCUUUUUUUUUCGGGCCCGAAAUCAAAUAAUAUAAAAAUUAUUUUAUUCAAAGAUUUAUGAAUAAAACCUCGCAGAACAUAGCCAAUAUACCGGUCCAUUUUGUUUUGUCAACUGAUAACAAGAGAGAAUGAGCCAGAUCAUUCUCUUUUGCUGAUAGUCAUCUGAACAACUACUGAAACCUCGAUCUUUCACGUAAACAACGACGGCUUUUCGGGCAGUCCAUUGAAAAACCUGUACAUAAUUCAUAACAACUAAAAAUAAAACAAAACUAAAGAAAACGAGACACAGUCGCUUGAAUAUGAAUUGAUGACUGGAAAGAAAUGAUUCUGCAAGCAGAAGGCGGUUCAUUUGUCACAAUGUAGCUAGCGAGCAAGCUAACUUAAGGCUUAAGGGAGCCUCUUGAAACAGGGGAGGUGGACCACGAAAUUUUAAAAUAGCUUAAUGCCCGCGGUACAUAGUGGAAAGUGACCAAGGGUUUUUAAAUACUUGCUGAUGUCUGCUGUGCUUACAAGCCGAUAAUAUUUGUUGUUAUAAUGAAAUGUAUUUUAUGGUUCUUAGUGCACGGUGGGCUGACUGAAUGGAGUCUGUGGGGAAGAUGUAACAGACUAUGCGAGCAUGGCAAGCAAAAAAGGUACAAAACCUGUACCAAUCCCAAACCACGCUGUGGUGGGAAACAGUGCGAUGCAAGUUUGGUUACUGAGGAGGAACGCCCUUGCUUUUAUUGUCCUGGUGAGCGAUGCAUUAUUGUUAAGGAAUUAUAUUUUGGUUUUCCCAUUUCAGAAACGCAUUCACACAACAAUGCUGCUCAUGUAGCACCGGACCCUCCAGUACAAAUAAAUUGAUAUAUAUGGGCUGUGUCUCGGCUGUCUAGUUAAUGUCGUUAAUACUACUUUAGUAGGCUCUAUAGGAAGAAAUUGCUUGCAAACGAGCAACAAAUAUAAUUCUCAAGCAUUGCAUCAAACGUUACAACCGACGAAGUGAAUGAACUGUGAAAAACUUUUCGGAUAAAAACUUUUUAAAAAGCCAAUAUUUGAAUCCCUUUUAAUCGACUUCCAGUUUGUCCAUCGAUCCUAAUGCCUCCUUUUGUAUUUACUGUGUUAUUAAUACCUUCUUUCAAUUUGUUUGAAUGUUUUGAGCGAGUACUUUUCACUCUGAAUUUGGAUGCAGUUCCUACCGUUGGAGGGACAAGAUAAACAAGGAAACUGAUUAAUUUUCAUUGUUUGAUUUCCUCACCACCCCCUUUUCUCAGAUCACGUAAUGAUAUUUUCGCGUGCGUUUCACUUACGCGUCGUCCCUAGAGAGCUUGGAACAGGCCAAUAAAUAUUUCAAAUGUCUACAUUGUUUUUUAAUGAAAAGACGACAAAGCCGAUUUGUACCGCAAAGACUAUUUGGUGAACGUGCAGAUUUGUUGUCUUGCCCGUUAAUGCCUUUUCAUUUUUAACAAUGUUUAAGGUCGUUUUUGUCGUUCUUUACGGAAGUUGUUGGGUAAUGGUGUAAUAAGGAAGGGCUCAAAGCUUUCUGAAAUCCCCUUUUUUCCUUUGCUCAGAAAGGAAAUGGCACUAUUCAACUUUCAAUGUCAAAAUGAUGCUGUAAAUGUCCUAUACCUUGAAAUACGCAACGUUUUCCACAAGAAACUUCAAACAAACUGUGAGCUUGUAAGAUCCUGGGUACUACGACGUCAGACAUGCUGGAGCCACCAGCAAGAAGGAAGGGAAAGCCGGCCCUUCGUAGGUCGGAAGCUUUCACCGCUUUAAUUUCGCUUUUCUCUGAAAUUUUUUCGUGUUCCUUGCUUGGCUUAAAUAGCUCGUCUUUUGGGCAAGUUAGUAACACCAUAACUCGUCGCUGCCGUGUUACCUUAAAGUGCCACUUAUCCUUGAUAAGUGCAUUUGUCUUUUCUUUAAUCAACAGAGAGUGGAAUACGUACCUAUGGUGAUUACUGCGUAGCACCCAACAACGAAGGCUGCUCUUCCCCAGAUGGAACUUACCUGAUCUUUACCAAAAGGAAAGGCAGUUCAUGCAAUGAAACUGAUAUGAUCUUUGUUUUUGACUGGGAUGGGGUUAUUCACCACAAAUGCAGCAAGAAAGUGAUCUGUCCUCAAGGUAAUAGCAUUUUCUUUUGUAUCUGUUGAAAUUACACGUACUAGUUUCCCAGGGAAUCAACUUUCUAAGGAUCAGCCUAAUAGCUGUGACUUCAAGAGAGACCCAUUUUUCCUUCUUGUUGACAUAAAACCAAGCAAUAGUUUGCAAGGUCAGGACUUAGGUUCUUAUAUGAACUCGUUGCUACCCGGCGGAGCGUCUAUCGGCUACUAAUAAAUAUCACAGCACAUUAGUCUUCAAUAAGUCGAUCUUUCAUUUGUUAAAUCUUUCGUCAACAGUUAAAUCUCUGACAUAUAACGUAUUGGCUUUCAUAAAGAUAAUAAAUCUCUCUGUGAUGUGGGCCGUAUGUCUAUUUUGAUAAUGACGCCGCAGCGUGUGUAGUAUUCAGUCAAGAGUCCUAUUAUGGCUCUUUAUUCAGUACAUUGCACAACAAAGAGGAUGAUACAAGAUAAUUCGAACUUGAUUAUCAUCUUUUAUAGACAAUAACCCUACAUACGGCAAGAAACUGAUGCUGAAGGAUAGCUGCGACUUGAGCAUUUCAAGGCACAUAAGGUUUGUCUUAAUGUACAGUUCAACCUCAGUUAACGGCCACUUUUUUUCGUCCCGAGGGACCAAAAAUCAGCUAAUAUCCAUGCAUUGACUCUUCAUUAAAACCUCUCUACAACGGCCACUUUCUUCUUUCCCCAAGGUGGCCGUUGUAGAGAGGUUUAACUGUAUUUCCACUGUUCCUAACCGUUACCAUUCAUACAGUUCCUACCAAUCAGCCAAACAAUUCCUUUUGUGGCCAAAACGUGGACGUGCCCCUUUAUUGGGUAGUUUCAGUUUCCCUGUCUCCUAGACAGGGUAUUUCAUGUUGUGCAAGCUCCUACUAAAAAAGGAGAUGCCAGGAUGUGAUGGUUAGCAGCGCGGUGGUAAGGUGGCCACCUAGUUUUUUUUCCACCAAGUUUUUACCACGUUCUUGCUUCGCCCGACUCGAAAAGCCUUGCCAUUUUUGGGAAUGGCUUACCACAUGCAACAUUUCAGUGUCGUACCGUUUUGAGUGUGUGGGUGUGAGGGUCUUUUUUUUUUAGGAAAGAAGCAACAGAGCGUUUUCUUUAAUUGUUGUCCGGAAUUCAAUAACUCAUUACAAAAACUCCAAGUCCACCUAUUUGCUUAAACUCGGGCGUGCAUUAAGAAAAAUUAUGCCCAGGGUGAGUUGCGCCUUAAACUUCCCAUCACUGGCAGCUUAGUUGGGGGUUGGUGGGUUCCUUUGAACAACUUUAGAUGAAGUUAAGAAAAGAAUAGUACUAACCAGUGAUUUUGUUACAAAUAGUUAUAGUCAGGCGAGUCCUGGGACUCAUUUUGUGAAAAAUUAUGAUUCCCUGUCUUUAACCAAUAAGUCCCAGUUAAAAAAAACAAACAAACAAGGAGUCCUAAAUUUAAAUGCUUAGGCCUUUAUGUAACCAAACAGUUAAUAUGGAGACUUACGCAAAACUCUUUAUUACAGUUUUCUGAAAUUAAAAUGUAGUCCUUCUAUAUAUUUAAAGCAAGGAAAAAAAAAAGAACUAAAAUAAGUAUGCAUCUUUAAACAACAACUACAGAAAUCACACGAACAGGAUAUUCUACCAAAAAAUCUUCAAAUCGGUUGAUCUUAAUUUGCGUCUUUGGGGAUUUUUGUGCGUCAGGGACGCAGCGCGCAGAGUUAACAAAAUCACUGGUAACCGAAGUAUUUCUUAUCUAACGUUUUGAAGCGUUCUUAAAUUUCAACCAGGGAUUUCGCAAAUCCAUACUUUUCAACUAUAUAGCCGGAUGAUUAUAAUUGCAUUUUUUCAUUUUAGACUGAAAAGCAACAGCGCCCUGAAAAAUCUUAAACAUAACUUCUGCGUCCAUCCGAAUGGUGGAUGGCCUGGAGAAGGUGUGAGCCUGGUGUACUGGGCAAGCUGCGGCAUUGACAAGCUGAAGCUGGACUUCUUUGAACUAGGUGAGUACCACCCUUGUAUGUUUAUUAUGAAGCAUCAGUGCGUUACAAGGGUUAUUUAG